GAAUGUAGAAAACCGUUCUAUUGGCUCUUCGCAGGGAUAUACAUGCUCAAUUAAUAUAUAAUUCCAAAGUUAUAUCACUCCCACUAUGCAAGGCGACCUGUCAAAGAUAUUCAUCACCAGUCGUCAAGAUCAUGUCUCCACCAAUAUCACAACGAUCCUAUUGAUCUUGGCCAACCCUCGAAAAUCUUUUUAUAUCUCGUGAGCCUCACACCGGUGCCAGUAUACAUGUACAUGUACAUGUACAUGUACAAGCAUCCUCUGGAGUGAGGCAAAGUACGUGGAGUAUACUGUCUUCGAUUUUCAAGCACACCAUCAUAUCCAAUAUAAAUGAAAAAUCGAGAUGGGAGGACGAUUUGCCAGACUUCCCCAAACCCUCGAUCCCUAACUUUUCAUCUCUUUUUCCUUUUUUUGCAAUUCUUUGCAUGAACUUCAUCUGAACUCUUAUUUCAUGGUCAGACCAAGAACCGACCCUUCGUAUGCGGAACAUCCGGACCCCUCGCUAUCCAUUCCAAUGAGGUAAAAGUUUAGACAUUGUGUCAAUUUAACAUAGGGGAGAAAUCUCCAUUGCAUUGUGUUGCUUUGGAAAGGCUCUCUAGGUCCAAGAUCUAGAUACUCGAGUGCAGAUUUUAUAGCUCCAGACCAGACAGCAAUAGCUACAAUAACUAUCUCCUCUCCUACAUCAUUCUAUCGGUCUGAUUCUACAUACAAAAGUACUUAUUGCUUUAUUUCAUCCUCUCUCUCCCUUUCUCCCUCUCUCCUCUCCUCUCUCUCUAUAUACGCGCACUUAUAUAUUCACACUCAUAUCCAUAUCCAUAUCCAUAUCCAUAUACAUAUAUACAUAUAUACGUGCAUAUACCUACUUACUUCCCCAAUCUACUGUCCAUCAUCUAAAUCUAAACUGUUCACGUCGCCUUCUUUCGCUCUUUUCUUAUUUCAUUCUUUCCUUCUCUCACUCUUUCUCCAUCCUCUAUUCUCUCCGUCUCCCAAGAAGAUGAAAUAAUGGUUAAUGUCGCCCUCUCACUCACUUUAUCAGCUGGAAUGUCUCCCACACCAACCAGCACAUUUUGCGGUCUUCAUCGUCCCUCACACUCUCACUCCAAUGCACAUAAAGACGUCGCCCAGCAAGAUACUUCCGACGCAAACUCCACGACUUCCUCGAAAUAUCGCAAACAACUGGUAGCAAAUGCACGACCUCUUCUCCUCCGCCGUCGCGAUACCGCAAACACAACUCGCAGUCUCCCCAAUUUGAGUUCCAGAUCAAAGUCCAGUCUUCAAGACAAAGACAAAGACAAAGAUAAAUUCGGCAGCAGCAGCGACGAUUCGCAUUCUUCAAUUCCAGUCCCACCCGGUCGAAAUCUCCGAUUAAAGAAAUCCCAACCACCCGGGUCCAGUUCGCCCAAUUUUUCCCUUCCGCUCAAUAAUAAUAAUAAUCCUAAACGUCCAUCCGCCGAUUUCCAAUGGGCGCGUGAAGAUCAAUUGAGUGUGAUUUUAGAAUAUCUGGAUGAAACCACACGGAGCGGGAGUACUCCCAGUUCAGAGAAUGCCGAUCCAUUAAUUCAUUCCAAUCCAGCAACUCCGCUCGCAUUACCGCAACCCCCCCAAACAAAAACCCCACCUCUCGCAAUCCCCGAAACAAUACGAGAAAACUUGUCUCCGACACCGACAUCAUCACCUCGCACACCCAAGUUUAAUAAGAUCGGUGUUCGCGAACGUGCAAGCAAUUCCAAAAUUCCAAGUUAUUCUUACUCGAGAACUCCUUCUACUCCCUCGACUCUCAAUACUGCCUUUACCAAUUCUUCAACUCCUUCCAGACCCUCAAAUCUGAUCAGGAGAAGUGAACAACGAAAUCUGGAGGAAAAAUUCAGAGAAAUAAGAGAAGGCUUGAGAGACAAAGAUCGUGUCGACCCAGUUGACUUUUCAAGUAGCGCAUUGGGAAUCAGAAUGGCUAGCAGUAUUGGUAGUGAGAGGGGAACACCGGAGACGGCACCUAGACCUAUUGCGCAUCCGCCAAAAGAUCUCGAAUCUAUAGCCCGCAUAGACUCCUCCUUAAUCUUCGAACAUUUCACCACCUCGGAUGCUUGGGUUCUCGGAUCCGCUCUUCGCGAGCGUCUCCUUCCGCAUCCAACUCCAGUCGUUAUAUCCAUUUCCCUUUCGAAUGCCAAUCAGGUUCUUUUCCACUGUUGUACCCAUUCUGGAACCAUGCCCGAUAAUGAUUCUUGGGUUUCGCGAAAGAGAAAGACGGUUUUGAGAUGGGGUGUCUCAACAUGGUAUAUGUGGUGUAAAUUUGAAGGGGAUGAGGGUGCUUUUGCGCGCAAAUACGGGUUGGGGAAUGAAGCGGGAGAUUAUGCGAUUCAUGGGGGUGGAGUACCGAUUAGGGUUACGGGUGUAGAGGGAGUGGUGGCUUGUGUAGUUGUAAGUGGGUUGAAACAAUGGGAAGAUCAUGGGGUUAUUGUGGAGGUUAUUAGGGAUUUGUAUUAUUGAGCGAUUUAUUUGUGGAUCUGUGGAUGAAUGAAUACGUCUAGAUUAGAUGGGAUUAAAGAAGUGAGGAAGGAAGCGGUGUUUUUCAUAUCCCUUGACUUGCAUGAUGCAUGAUGCAUGAUGCAUGUAAAGGAUGGAUGGAUGGAUGGAUGGAUGGAUGGAUGGAUGGAUGGAAUUGCGAACGUUUUUAACUUGGCUUGGGUGGUUUGGUUCGCAUCGCAUUGUUUACGCAUGUUAAUGAAUAUGCACAUAGUAGGUAUAUUGUUGAAUGGGGAAGUUGGGGAAAGAAAAUGGAAGGGAAGGAGAGCGAGCGAGCAAUGAUUAAUGAUUAAAAGAAGAAAGGAAAUCAGGAUGGAUGGAAUGGAGAAAAGGGCAUGCAUAUCUAUGUGUGUGGAUGGAUGAAUGUAUAGAAGUAUACCCAACAAAGCCUAUCAGUGGCUAUGGCUAUGGCUAUGGUGAUGAAUGAAUGGAAUUGAAUGAUAUGGAAUGA